CAUAACAGCAUCAUCCAAACAAAGGCAGUUGCUUCUGCGCUGUAGGUUGGGUUUCCGAUGCCACAAUGAUAUACUAAACUCAGCGCAGAUCGCCUACCUGCUAGCUAUUAGUGCUUCAUAAAGAGGCAGGUAAUUUAUAGUUCCUGGAAUAUACUUAGGUACAACGCGUAGAAUAGAGUGUUAAAGUUAAGCCCGGCAAAAUCAAUAAAGCGGAAACCAUUUGUAAACAUGACGCUGAACGAGAGCGACGCUCACAAACAACUGGAGCUGACACGCAACUUCUUGGAGCUUUCUAGAAAUACGGACACCUGUUCAGCAUUGCGCAGCUCCGAUUGCAUCCAACUGUUGGUAAAAAUUCUGCAUGACAAUGAUGACGGUGCCGGUGCGGGCGGAGCAGCACGAAGAAAUGCCAGCCAAGCCCUACAUAAUAUUGUUCAAGGAAAUCAACGGGAGAUGAAGGUUCUGCGCCUUCUAGAUCAAAUACACGACUAUAGUUGCAAUUUUCUACGAUCUCAAUUGCAAAGUGGUGGUGAAUCGAUUGCCGAUGAUGAAGAGCGUCAUCCAUUGGCAGCUAUGAAGCUGCUGAUGAAGGCUAGCUUCGAUGAGGAACAUCGCCAGACCAUGUGCGAGUUGGGUGCCCUAAAAGCAAUACCAAAUCUGGUUCAUCUAGACCAUGCCGUUCAUGGACCGGCAGCAGGUCGUGAGCAAUGCAAUUUGCUUAGACGCUAUGCACUUAUGACGCUGACCAAUCUCACUUGCGGGGAAGAGAAUAAUAAGUCACUGCUCUGUGGACAGAAGCAGUUCAUGGAGGCGUUGGUUGCCCAGCUGGAUUCAAACACCCCGGAUGUCGAUGAUCUGUUGCAAGCCACUGCUAGCGUUUUGCGCAAUCUAUCUUGGCGCGCGGACAAGCACCUGAAGACCAUAUUUAACGAGCUUGGCACAGUGACGGCUCUUGCAAUGGCCGCUAUGCACAACAAAAGCGAGAACACAUUGAAGGCCAUUCUGUCAGCUCUUUGGAAUUUGUCGGCACACUGCAGCACCAACAAAGCGGAGUUUUGUGCCGUCGAUGGGGCAUUGGCAUUUCUGGUACAAAUGCUCAGCUACGAAGGUCCAAGCAAGACGCUUAAGAUAGUAGAGAACGCUGGCGGCAUCUUGCGGAAUGUAUCCAGUCACAUAGCUGUUUGUGAAUCAUAUCGUCAGAUCUUAAGGGAGCACAACUGCUUGGCAAUUCUGCUGCAGCAACUCAAGAUGGAUAACCAGACGGUAGUUAGCAACUCCUGUGGCACGCUCUGGAACUUGUCUGCACGUUGUCCUCAGGAUCAACAGUUUCUUAUCGAUCACAAUGCCAUUCCGCUACUACGUUCGCUGACAAGCUCCAAAAAUUCUAUGAUAGCUGAGGGCAGUGCCUCAGCGCUUAAGAACUUGGUAAAUUAUCGCAACGCUCUUGAGCUGUCAACCAACAAUGAGUUACCUUCAAAGGAGAUACCCAACGGACAUGCAGGCACAUUGCCGCGUCGUUACAGCUCUUUGCGACUAAGUAGUAAUCCCACAGGGUCACUGAAGAAGGUACGCAACGGGACAGCAAACAGCAGCAGCAAUGACAGCAGCACAUUACCUCGCAAAUGUGAAAGCCGGGAGUCAAUAUAUUCCGGCAAAUCUGAUUCCGACUCAACGAAAUUCUCAACUAAGUCGGACAGCGCCUUUGAACAACGAAAGCUCAGUACUAGUACUGCGCUGAGCCAUUAUAGGGCACCCACGGAGGAGCAGCCCAUUGACUAUUCGAUGAAGUACAGCUAUAACGAGCACAAGCCGGCUAAGACCAGUUUUGACAAUUCCAUCGACUUAGAUCAGCUCACUGAUUUCAGUGCGCGCUAUAAAGAAAGACGGUCCGCCCAAGUUGCGAAUUCACAGCCAGCAACAUGUGAGGAACGGCAGCCAGAGAGUAGUGAAAUAUUGCUCAUAUUGGAUGAAAGUGCGAGCCCCGCUCCUCCAACUCUGGCUAAAUCCGCUUCGGCUUGUGAUUUGAGCAGCGAUCACGUGGAACGCCCGGAAACACUCAACCUUCGCAGUAAUGCUUUGGAGAAUCUAGCAGUCGAUAAAUCCGAUGGCUGUUUGCACACGCCCGAACCGGAGCCCGGUGAGCGGCCGAUCAACUACUGUGAUGAGGGAACACCCGGCUGCUUCAGUCGCUUCGACUCACUCACCAGUCUAACGGACGUACAUGUCAAGCACGAGAAGGAGCCAGUUGCUCCCAAAGCAACAAACAGCCAACAAUCAGUUGUCGAGGCGCCAGAACAAGUCAGUGUCAAUAACAACAGCAAUAAUAAUGGUGCAGCUUGCCAGGCUAUUGAUUCCGCCCUGGAGACGCCGCUUAUGUUCUCUAGACGUAGUUCCAUGGAUUCGUUGGUGAAUGAUGAGACCAUUGGUUGUGAGGAUAAUGGUUCUGUAAUUAGUGAAUACAGUCGCAUGCAAAGCGGCGUGAUCUCACCCUCAGAGCUGCCAGACUCACCCACGCAGAGCAUGCCCCAGUCGCCUCAUCGCAAAGUCAAGCCAUCUCUUCCGCCUCCAAACGAUAACUGCACAACCAACGGACAUGACCUGAAUGGCAACGAUGCGCCGCGUAGCUACUGCACGGAGGAUACUCCAGCUCUGCUGUCCAAAGCGGGCAGCAAUAGCAAUCUGUCAGUGCUUUCAAUAGCCUCCACUGCCAAUGACCAUAAUGGCAAUGGACAAAUUACACGUCCUAUGCCGCAAGUCCAAGAUAUGGCAAUGAACGUCCCCGAGGAUGCCAUUUCCAAGAUGCGCUGCGGGGGCAGCGCUCUUCCUAGUUAUUUACCAGUGACGGAUGAGAUGAAUAAGUACUACGUAGAAGACAGCCCCUGUAAUUUCUCCGUUAUCUCUGGUCUCUCCAGCCUAACUGUCGGCUCUGCGCAGGUGGGACCAACCCGUGCACUAAAACCACCACUUCUACCUAGGAAUGCAGAGUCCGCUCCAAAGUUGCCACCACGACGAAGUGCUGUUCCUGUAGAAGCUGAGCCGCGUCAGCUGCCGAAACGCAGCGAUUCGCUCAGUUCACUGUCAAUGGACUCUGACGACGACUCAAAUCUGUUAAGCCAAGCCAUUGCCGCUGGUAGUUGCAGACUGCCACCAAGCGGUGCCAGCACCAGCUCGAGCCACACAAACACGCUGCCCAAGCCAAGCAACAACCACAGACGACAGACAAUUUCGAAUGCUAAAACUGACUACAGCUCCGAUGAUUCACUGGACGAUGGCCAAUCCACUUCAUUGUUUGAGCAGUGUAUAUUGAGUGGCAUGCAUAAAUCGAAUGAUAACUUGGAAAGUGAUCGCAACGAGCCCUCCAACGAGCGCUUCGUUAGCAAUCAGGUGCGUCAGAUCGAGUCUAUGUUGGCCACGACUGUUAGAUCUACGCCUCCGCGCUCAGCAUCCAGUAGCCGACAGCGUCAACAUCACUGGGUCUAGCUAAUUAAGAAUCUAUAGUUUUCAGUUUGCAGUUGGUUGGUCGUUUGUUUUUAAAUAUUUUCUAAUGUAAUAUACACACUGCAAUAAUA